AAUCCGCCUAUCAUUCCUUCCUUCGCGCCGAUUGACAACCUCUGCAAUGGCGAAGAACCACGGAGCUGCCGCUCUCGUGAUCGCGUCCCUUCUCGUCGCGGUCACCCUCGCCGACGCCAGGGUCGCCGUGCAGGUGCGCCGCGACCUGAACGAAGGUCACGUGGUGCCGGCGAGCGACGCGAAGGCGGCGCCGGCGCUGACGUGCAGCAAGGUGCAGGGGCUGAAGGCGGGCGAGACCUGCUUCUCCGUCGCGCUGCUCGGAGGCCUGACCCUGGAGUCGUUCCUCGUCUGCAACCCCAACAUCGACUGCGCCAAGACCUUCGUCGGCCAGUGGGUCUGCCUCCGCGCCUCCACUGCUUGACCAGUCGCUGCACGCACCCGUGCAUCGAUCACCGGUAGCGUUAUGAAUCCAGGGGGUGUGCUCUCCUCCUUGUACCUUGGGAAAGGUGUGGCUACUCUCAGGUGUGCCCACACCCCUUAUCCUGGCCAUCCAAAACCUCCGCGAUGUGUGCAAGGGGCUAUCCUAGUCCAUGACGUUUGCAGCAUUAGUGCGGGCAUCUCUGGCCAUUAGUUUAUUUUAUUCCUUAAGCUCUAUAGCUGUGCAGCCCUACAUUCUAGGCAUGUGACUCACAAGACCGACAAACAUCACAGACAUGUCACUGUAGCUUG